AUGGCAUUACAUCGGAAGUUAUCUGGAUCGCCAGUAGAGGUAUGUCAAAAUUGUUAUCGUGAUAUUAUUGAGCUAUAAAAACACUCGAAUUAUUUCUAGAUAAGUAAGAACGCUACAUUGUCUUCUUGCGCGCAAAGGUUGUAUACAAGACAGCAUAAUGCGAAAAAAUUAUUUCCAUAUUGCCGGGAGCGAUCUAGCGAUCUAGCAUUAAGAGUUAACAAUUAAGUAUUAGUUUCCGUGGUGAAACACAUCUUACGAAGAGAAGAAUUUAAUUAUUUGGCAUCAUAUAGCUAUAUAACCCCUUCAAGAAGGUUCGAUUAAUCCGGUUGAAAUUGAUAAGCUGACAUCAUGUGAAACUCAGGCGAAGUAGUGACAUUUUCAAAAUCGUUCUGCCUUUUAAGGAAACAGAAGCUGUUAUGAUCCGAGAAAGGAUUAACAUUGCUGAAUGUAUGAAAAAUAUGAAUAGCAAGGCAACUAUUACAAUUACACCCCCGGCCUCAGAUAAAAACAAUUCAUCAGAUACGGACGUUAAGCUUAAAAUUAAAUAAUUUACAGAAGAAGCAAUGCAGAAUUAACGUAUUAGCAUACAACCUAUUUAUAUUUAGGAUUACUAGUAGCAUCCGCACUACUUUCAUUGGCGCCCAUUUAUGAACUCUGUAAAAUGAACAAUAUUGAAGUUAUAAAUUUUAUUUUCUUACAAUCUGGUGCUGUCAAAACACUUCCAUUGAUUUCUUGCAGAGCUAAGUAAAAACAUUCAACGUGUCUAUCAAUACUCAAAUUUCUAUUAAUGAAAACAACUCACAAAAAUUUUCAGGUGUCGUAAAGACUCUCGUUAAGGUGAGGGAAGGGGAGGGAGGGUGUAGAAAUACUGACUGCACUGUUUUUAGUAAUUUAGGAGAGCAUUAACCUCAAACACUUAUUAGAGUCUAGCAACUUAGACUCUGAGCUUGUUCUUUCAUCCUUAAUCUCUAUUAUGACCUCCCACCCUCAAUACAACCAUUUUGAUCCUUUACACCCUAACAUCAAUAUCCAUAUUCUCUAUACUGUCCUCUAUGCAUUUCCUAGGGUGCUCACAAGGAGAAGUUGUUUAACAAUCAAGAGCUUCAUCAGUUUGUGUCAUAUUUUCUUUAUUCUCAGUACACAAAUGUUUUUUUUCAGGGAUGAUAUUGUAGGGAGAAUUUAGAUGCUGGUCAGUCUAGGAAGUCAAAGGGUUAAACAGUUUCACUUUAAAGACACUUAGCUGAGCUUCUGUGUGGAUUUAUACGUACUAAUAGUGACAUUAAAAUAUCAUAAUUUAUGACUCUCUUGUAGGUAUAUAAGGCCUGGGUGAAUUGCUGUUUAGCUGAUGUUGGUGAUAACAGAAGAGUUACUGACCUAGCAGAUGACUUAAAGGAUGGUGUCAUACUGAGUCAGUUGAUUAAGUCAACCACAGGAUAUGAACUUAGUCAAGGCCAACAGGUUACACUAUAAUUUUCAACUCAUCUUUGAUCAAAGAGAGUGAUAACCUCCUCUUGCAAAGUAACCUUUUUGAGAUCUUAAUUUUCAUUUGCAGUUUAUUACUUUGAUAAUUGAAGAUCUUUACUUAACCAUAUUUACACCACUGAUAUCACACAUUCUUUAAAACACAGAUACAGGCCAGGAAAUUGCCACAGUCAUACCAAACAGUGCAGCUUGUGAUAGAUUACAUGAAGGUCAAAGGAAUUGUCAUCUGCUGUCAAGUGGAAGGUGAUGAAGUUAAUUUUUCACUAAAACAAUUCAAAAUGGUAUCGCCUUUGAUGAAUGUCCUUUUUUCUGAUUGUAAUAGGCUAUUUUGUUGUAGUCAGCUGAGGUUAAAUUAUGGUUGUUGUAGCUCAUCAUAUUUUUCUCCAUUAUUUUGAAUUCAGAUAUUGCAAGUGGGAAACUCAAAUCUAUCUUGGACAUUUUGUGGCUUAUUAUCUUGCAUUUUGAAAUACACAGUGCCAGUGAGUAACAUACAUUGUGUACAGAGAUAAAAUUAUAAAUAAUAAUUAUUAUCUUAUCAUAAUAAUAUUAAUUAUAUUUUUCUAACCCUGCCCUUCUAUGGAAACUUGCAGCUGGGCUCUAAGCUGUGACCAUUUUGGUUGCAAUGGCAAGUGAAAAUUAUAUUUGGCCACUAAAAUUUUGAAAAAAGUUGUCAAUUGGUGACCAACAGAUCAAUUAAAAAAAGGGAGAUUUGAAAAAAAUUUUGGGAGUAAAAGUGGGGGCGGGGGAGGGUUUAUGGGGUGAGUGGAAAUUUUUUGUGGCGAACAUUUUUUCAAUUGAAAGUCACUGAAAGGUAACUUUUUGAAAAAAUGAACUUGGAGCCCUGUGCACGGUCAUUUGAGCUGUAAAAUGAGCCUAGGAGAUGGCCCUCAGGACAUGCAUUCCUCUGUGGAAAUAAGAAUUUGAGACAAGUCAGGAGAGAUUUGCUAGGGUUCUGCAACUUAAGUCUUCUAGACUCCUGGAAGACCUCGCAAGUUGCUUUAAAGGCCUCAUGCUUUCCUUAGGGCAAAGAAAUGGUUGUGCCAAAGCCCUAGUAAUGAGGGCAUGCCCACAGGCUUCUGCAUAAUUAUGAAAUUUAUUAACAUUGGACUUAUGUCUUCUUUUGUGGAAGACCUCUGUUUGAUUGUCAAAAAUUAAAAGUUUGCAUAGCAGGAUCAUUUACAGCUACUGAAAGAUGUAACAUGGAGUAUACUUGGAAUGAUUCAAAUUCCCUGUUUUGUCUUCUUGUAUUUAUUAUGAUUGUUGCUCCAAGAAUUUGGUGUCAAAUCAAACAAUAUCCCUCAGUUGAUAUUAUUGUUUCUUUGUUCUUGUCACCUUUCUGCCGGAAAAAUAAUGUGAAGAGGAAUUCCUCUCUGGUCACUCUUGGCAGUGAAAGGGUGUGCUAACCACAGCUGAAUAGUUAUCCAUUAGAAUUAAAUUGUUGAGUGUCCUUGAAAAUAAGUUUGUACCAAGAUACCCCUAAUUAGUCUAUACUCACUGUGUGUUUCCUUCCCCCCUCCCCUGCUUUAACUCUGAGAUAAAAAUUGUAAUUCUCCUUACUGUCAACCAUACAAUUCUUAUAUUGUUAGUUCAGAGAAUUUAGAAUUGGAUCAACCAAUUAGCCCCAAAUUGAUAUUUUUCUUUAUUCUCAUCAGUUAUCAGUUGAUAUUGUAAGGAGAAAUUCUGUCUUGUCUCAUAGGAGUUAAAGGGUUAAGAUUUGAGAUGAGAAGGAGCGAGGUUUGCCAGGGGUCACUGCUUGACCCAGCCAGUCAAAGGCUUGUGCUAAGUAGAUCAUAAUGAGGCCUUGUUUGUAGGCUAACUGUGACUGUACUUUAAUCCUUCUGUGUUUAUACUCUCAUUGAAAAGGAAAGCAUAUUGUGUCGUAAAUAUAGCCAGUAAUUAUUGUAUUUUGUAGUGUUUUAGACUGAUGUAAUAUCUGUCUCCAUAUGGAAUUGUUGUUUUUUUACUUAAUAGAUCGUGCUGCUUAUCAGCGAACAGUGAAUCUAGGAAAGAGGUUUCUUCUGGAAUGGUGUUGCACUGAAAUACCAAACAGUGCAAUUGACCCCAGAGGACCAUUUUUAGAUUUGUAAGUAAUCAACUGCCUAUUUUGUGAGGACCAAAAUUUGUGUUCAUGUGAUGGAGAUGUCUCUGAAGAGAGGUUCCACUGUAUCAUUUUAAAAUAUGGUGGCUAUAAUUUAAUUUGAUUUUUUCCUUGUUUACAGUCUUCAGGAUGGUUUUCUGCUCACCAAGCUAAUUACCAAGUACUGUCCAGUUGAUGGAAUCAACAUAAGUGAUUUACAGGUCAGCAAUAUGUAUGGAAUAAUUAUUUAUUGAUUUCAUGUGGUUGUUGUCAUAAUGGAUGAAAUGGACUUUCUGUUUAGUCGCUGUUUUUUUGUUGAUUUUUGUAUUUGACCAAAAUUUAAUCGUUGUUUGAUUCUAAAGGUGAUAAACAAAGAUGCGUUUGUUACUGUUUUGGAAACUGCUGAGGACUGCCUUGGAAUUCCUUGCAAAAUCCUCAGGUAACAGGAGUUUUCAGACAUAAAGGUUGAUUUACUUGUCAUUUUAUGAUAGUUUUUAUUUUUUUUUCUUUACCUUUCUGUCUGUGUGUCUGCCUUUCUGUCCAUCUGUAUGUCUGUCUGUCUGUCUGCCUGUUUUUCUGUCUAUCUAUCUGUCUAUCUGCCUGUUUGUCUAUCUUUCUCUCACUUGUCUGUUUGAUGUUCUGUCCUUCUGUCUGUCUUUUUCUCUUUAUGUUUGCCUGUCUGCUUGUCUGUUUGUUUGUCUGUCUUUUUUUCUGUCAGUAUUUACACUGUCUGUGCUUUUCAGUCUGUUUGUCUAGCUCUCUACCUGUCUGCUUGUUUGUCUGUUUCUAUCUUUGUCUGUAGCUACUGUUCCUUUUGUUAGGGAAGUCAUUUACUGCAGCAGUAUAAUAAAUAGUACUUUUCUUUGCAUUCAAUUUGAUAGCUCAUCAGGAAUUUUGGAUGCAAACACGUUUGAUGAAUAUGCAGUUAUCAUUUACAUGGCUGUACUAAGACGAAAGGUUAGUUAGAAGUAAAAUCACUGUUAGGUAUUGAUUCGAUUAAGCGCACAACCGCGAGUAAGCCCUUUACACCCCUCCCCCCCUCCCCCCCGAAAAAAAAAAGAAAAAAAAACUCUUGAAUACAUUAUAUCGUUGAUUUUGAGAGGGAGUUGAAUAGUACGCCGUGGAAAUACAGGCAACUAAAUAGAUCGUUUCUGAACAUUUAAAGUUUUUCGCACGGUAAGAAAUUCACGCAUCUUGUUGGCUGAUGUGAGUGGGUCAAUGACUAGCGUACGGUUUGUUGUGUUAGAUACUUAAAUCCUACUUUCCUAUGUAACUCACCUUUUAACGGUAAAUUCACCGCAACUGUUCUAUAUAUUCGAAUUUGAUUUCGAUUUUUCUACGCCAACUUUGGGGCGCUUGAUAUACGUAAUAUUUGUUGCCGUUUUUGCUUUAUUUUUUAAUGGUUAUCCUUUCACAAGUCGUUUUUUAUAAAUGGGAAAUACUGAACACUGCGAUUCAACAUUAAAAGGCCUGAAGACUUCUACAGUCAUCUCUACGCUAAAUGACACUUACGUAAGCGGACAGAUCUACCUUUGACAGGGUAACAGAAUAGUGGGGAUCGGUUUUGUGGUAUCUUUCUUUGUCUGUGGGGAAGCAAGCUCUCCGUUUGGCAUUUGCAAGAGUCUGACAUAACACUCUCCCGUAAGCGGACAUCCACCUUAAUUUUCUUUGGUGUCCGCUGAUGGGAAUAAUUCCCGUACGCAGACGGCUCUACUAAAGGACACUUUUUCCAAUUCCUGAGGGGUUUCGCUAACGAGAGAGUUGACUGUACUUCUAAUUAGGUGUUUCAUCAAAAGCUGGUUAGCGUCCGUGUACCGCCGCCUAUGAGAUCUCUCACCACUGUCAGUUUAGCUUGCGAGCAGGCUUUGUGUUGGGAUUCCGCCUUACGACCUCUUUUGUAAGGCACAGCUGCCUUUAACACCAUCGGCAGCUGCUUAUGGAAAAAGCUAUAAUUAAAACCCUGCUUCUUUAUUUUAUUCAACGGCGUAUCAACCAGUCAACGGGCUACUCAGUUGAUAUUGAGUCCUGACGUGAGACUUAACUGAAAGAAACUUAUGCUUUCUAGGUGUGCUAUAAGGAAAUUAGAUAUUGAAUGACACUUCUCUUAAUCCGAAUGACUGACCUGAUUUAAAUGAAAGCGGCUUUCUUUGAGCUGUCAUUGGCUGUCACUGUACUGGCACUAUCGAUAACAUCAAGUUCAUGCAGUUAUUUGACCAAUUUUAACAGACAAUAUGCGUGGGACAAUUCAUGCCAUAAAUUUGCUUUCAUAUCGCGGGAAAACCGCAAAUUACAGGAUAUGGGAGGCAGAAAGGAAAAAGCAGCCAUACACAAUAAGGAAGUACCUAGUAUUGUUUCCAUGUUCCACGCUACUGCUUAAACGGCUUCAAAAUUUACCCUCCGUAGACUUCAUUUUAUCUCCACACAGCACAGUUUUGAAGCGAUCCUAGCAGACCGCAGGACGCUUAUCACAUAUCAAUUUAGAAAAUGGUUAAGCAACGACGAGCUGUCUGUAAUAGCUACCGUUGUUUGUCUUUUCUAGUAACCGAUUGCGUAAUCGUAAGCUCUCCCCUAGCGGAUUCGUCCCACGCAUCGGCAGGCUAUUACUCUCCAGUCACGUUAUUUCCUGUUCAUGCACACCUUCCCCUCCCCCACAAAGGUAACAAUACGUGCGCUCUAUGCCGAUCUCGUUAAUACUACUUAAAAGAGGCUUAAAAAUUCUCAAGGCUUAAUGAACAACCUAAAAUCGUUUGCAAUUUUUAAAUGAUGAAGAGAUUUCUAUUCUAAACUACUGAGAGAGGUUUGCCCCUCGAGUACCAUCUGGCGUCAUUUUCGAAAAUGUCUUGCAUCACUAUUGUAUUUGUCUUCUUCGCAUGGAAAGAGUGUCCUCAUAUACCUGUUACCGACUGAAAUGUUUUCAUCAUCUUAAAUUCUUAUGUAGAUUUGUGCCCUGAAAGGCGAAGAACCAAUUAAGGGAGGAGUAAAAACAGAACCUUCUCCAUCCAAACAGAGGAAUCACCUAAAUGGAGACGGUUCGUUCAACUAUUCCCCGAGCAAAUUUCCACAUAACAAGACCUCGCCGAUGGACUCUUCUUGUAAGUGUAACUUUUAUUGUUUAUGUAUAUGUAUAAUACAAUAUAAUAACUAUAUUAUACUACUCUAUUUUUAACUUGCUAGAGUAAAAAUUGAUUGCAUCGUUUGAUUGUGAGGUUGAGAGAAAUUCUGAGAUGGACUGUCAGUCGGUGACUCUUACUGUCGUUUUGAAAACCUUUGAGGAGGUCAUCCUAGAGGAGUUGUGGGUCAGUCGAGUGCUUUAAUUCUAGCUUGGUCAUUUGUUGUGUUAGAGAAAUUUUCGAUUGAGUGUUAAAGUAAUCCGGGAUUAGAUAAAUUUUUCCGUAUUUCGCUCUGUGAUUGGUUCAGAAAACUCGCGCCACUCCCAACCAAUCAGAUGCAAAACUAAAACCAAUCACGACCUGGUCGCCUGCGUUUUCCCGCGCUUUAGGCAGUUUUCUUGUUUUGCUUCCUUCUGAUUGGACAUUGUGAUUACUUUAGUUUUGGUUUUACGGCUCUCAAUCGAAAAGCGCUCUAAGUGGAUGACCAGGUAGUUGAGUGCAGUAUCUUCUAAGCCAGUAAACCAGCUUUGCAGAGCCAGUUGUUGAAAGAAUUUCGCACUGAAAUUUGGACAUUGACGAAAGUCCCAUUUUAUAAUGUAGCUCUUCAAGUGGUGUACAUAGUUAUUGUUUAUUUUGCGCCUUUCAUGUUUAGUGUCUCCCACAUCACUGAGGAAUCUUGUUGAUCAGCAUACAAAGUCUCAUGCAGCAAUUCAUGUGAGUUGUUUCAUAAUAAAUGUAUUUUACAUCUGGAAACUUGGCAUGUCUUCAAAGCCGGAAAGAAUAUUUAUUAUAUAUAAUAUGCAGUAGACCGCACUUUCUCUCAGGGUACUGGCGUAAUAACCCACGCGGGAUAUUGGGAGAACUCGAGAGAAAGUUUGCAAGUCACGAGCGAGGUAAGUGGUUUGAAAACUUUCCUCGUGUUCUCACAACAUCCCAAGUGGGUUAAUGUGCCGGUAAAUCGAUAAAAAGUGUGUUUUAUUGUUAUAAAAUAAGCUUGUUUCAGUAUUUCAAUUGGUUAUGCGCUGCAACAAACUAUAGGUUUUUGACUAGUCAAGGUGCUCCUAAUGUCUCAGUCUUUUUAACAAACUGAAUCGAGAAGUUCAGCUAGUCAACCCUCGAAGGCUUCCAAACGUUGGUGCAUUGUUAAGUGCUGCAGGGAAUAAUGAUUAACAAUUUUAAGGGUAUAUAGUUCAAGAUAGUUUGAUAUGACUUAAGGGAAAAUGUUUUCUCAGAAUUCACUGAGGUUGCGUCGAAAAAAGUGGACGGACUUUUUUCAAGUGUUCUCGAACUUAAUCGGGUUUAAUAAAUUUUUAUUUAUUUCAUCGUAUAGCUUUUUGGUUUCCGCCGUUGUCUGCGUCCAAGGCACUCUAUGAAAUACCUCUUACUAACGAAGUUCGAGUUCCCCUCUAUAAGUUGAGGACCGAGUUUUUUCCGCUCAGAGUUUGCGCGAGCUAUAAAUCUGAGCGGAAAAAACAAGGUUCCGUAGCAGUACAGACCGAGAGAACUGUGUUCAAAUAGAAGGGGGAGAUUUCAAUUCAAACAAAGUUUUAAAGUUAGCCCGAGUACAGUGAAAUAAGGCCUGCCAAAUUGACCAAUCAUAGCGCACGCACUAACUGGAAGAUAUAAUAACACUUAGAUACACGUGCGUAGAGAGCAAAGUCUGAAAUAAAUGGGCUUGGCUAAGCUGAGUGCCUGCUGGUUCCCGUAUUAUGUUUGAAUCCUUUACCAUUUACAUUUCAAGCUGUUAAUCUGUUUUUUUGUUUGUGGGCUUAAUUUGUAAUUAGUUGGUCACGAUUGCAGUUGGUAGUGACCGUUGAAGUGUGUCAAAUGUCUUCUUGCUUUAGGUAGCACCUUAGUUAAAUUUUGGAACUCGUGAUCAUUUGAUUAUUGAAAGAUUCACAGGAGUUCAAUAACUUUUUCCCUAAGCGGCUACCAAUGGUACAAUAGACGACUGUGCCCGGAUAACCCUUCAACCCCUAAGAGUGACCAGCAUCCAAUUUCUCCUCACAAUAUCAUCCCUAAAUCACACAUCAAGGUCAUGAGAAUAAAGGAAAUGAUCAUCAACUGAAAAAAGCUGUUGAUUGUGACACAAAUUCUCUUUGUCAGCACCUCUGGAAAUGUAUAAGAAACAGUAUGGAGAAUAUGCAUGCUGAUGUAAGGUGUAAAGGGUUAGGGGGCCGAAAGGCGAAACCCAAAUUAAACACGAGAGCCAGCUUGCUGGCGAAACAGACGGCGGUAAGAGGUCUUACGGUCAGCGACAGACCGACAGUAACUGGCUUUUGUUGAAACCGCUAGUUUCGUCGUUUGUCCUGAGAGUCUCUGGUCAUGCUUUGUAAUGAUACUUAUAUAUUGUGGCCAAUUCUUGGCAUUUUUGAGGAGAGAAACAAUUACGGAAAUAUGGGCCGGCUAAGUAGAAUAAGAUAAUUACUUGUGUAAGAGUGUUCGGUUAUUGAAAAUACUUUCCGAUAAGAGACGUUUUAUUUAAAAUUGGCCGCUAAGAUUAAGAAGGAAACAUUUCGUUGCUGCUAAAUCUCUUCUGUAGAUACAAGUUUAGAUAUAAGCUUUUGUUGAAGAUGAUAACAGUUUAUUUUAGGCGCCGAAACAAUAACUUACGCCUUGUUAAGCUUCAGUAGGCCUCUGUCCUUAGACUGUGGUCAGAGGCUACGAAUUAUUAACACAAAUGAGCGGCAAACUUUUAGGCCAGCUAAAUAUUUGGGCUCUUUUGCACUAAAAAAUCUUUAGUGAUGAAGAUCUAGGGCUAAAAACCAGUUAUGUUCUCAAAUAGUUUCCAUGUGAAAAUGCUUUGAAAAGAUUCUGCUCCAAAGGAUAUUUGAAUAUAUGAACAAGAAUACUUACCCACUCUGUGGUUUUGAGGUAUUGUCAUGUGUGAGUAUUUCUUUGGUCACGUUGUGUCCGCUAUCAUUGCUUCUCAAAAUAGACCACUCCCUCAGGGCACAGGUCUUUCAAGAAGUCGUAUGCAAAACAGCGUUGCAAUUCUGUACCUUUUUUUAUGCAUACUUCAAGCUGUUUUAAUUCCUUAGUGGACGAAAUGUUUGCACGUAGCUUUUUGAAGGAUGUUUGGGAAGAAAAUUCGUCCCGUAAUUUCUUUAAAAAUUGUUAGAAGAAUUUGUUUGGCUUAGUAAGUCACGUUUUUUGCCGUCAGUGUGCAGUAUAGUCAUAAUGGUAAUGGAGCUCUCGAAACAAAUGCGUUUCUCUGUUCAGCAUCCGUGACGCUUGAUUAUUAAAGUCGUUUCCAUUGAAUUUUAAGCCGUCCAUUCUUCACUGGCUGUGAUGUUUGUGUCGUUGCUCUGAUGCACUUCUGGAGUGUUUCGUUCUUUCUAGAAAGAAAUGUCAAUCAGAGUGAAGCGAUUCUAUUCAUUUACCAACUUGUAAUUUGUCGUAAAUCAGGUGAGGGAUACUUGGAUGGAUGGAUAGGGCCUCUACGAAGCCUUCUUGUCUUAAACAAGCAUAAUACGAAACGUAUUUAGCUGCAUUUUUAUGCAAAAAUCACUUCGUGGAAUUAGUUUUCCAGAAUAUACCAGUAGCUCUCGUGAUUUAGCACGAUCUCAGUGUGAGAGUUACACUAGAGACGAACUUAUUGUCUAUAUUGAGAAAAUGAGAUUACUUUCACGUGCAUAGAUAUCAGUUUUGAACAUAUUUGUUCACCGACAGUGUUGGGGGUUUAUUCGGUUCACCACCUAUAUUAAGAUUUUCAAUUUUGUUGAGAUAUUCGCCUUCACAUUUCACAUCGCUUAUGAAAAGCACGCGAUGGGAAAAAAAUUUUCGGGCUGACGAUCGUAAAAUUCCUGCUUCUUCUAGAAAACUUUGGAACAUAAGCUUCUUGGUCCCCCAGGAGCUUUACGAUAAACUUUGUAUGACUUCAGUAAAUAUCUACUCAAUUCUCGUUACUUCAACAAUGAACGCACCGUGAAAAAUUUCAUGACAUAGAGCAGUCGUAACUCUAUAUCAGCGGGAACUAUAUGUUACUUGACAACAGAAGUAAUUUUCAAAUCAAUAUAACAGUGAGUUCAAUGCGUAUGUUCAUUGUUUUGCUCAAUUUAGUUGAUCCGAUGCGGAUGUGAUUUUUGAUUUACCUUCUCUUUCCAUUUCAUUAAGGCUUUACAGGAGCGUAUUCAAUCAGUCACCCAUCUGGCUUCUACUCCAAAACUACAGAAGGUAGGGCGUUUUUAAACUCUUUUUUUUUCUGACUUUUCUUUCAAAAUUCUUCGAGUGCUUCAGGUUAAGACACAAAUGAUUCUAACCCUAAAAUUAUAAUGUCCUAAUUUUCUUUCUGUCUUUCAAAGUAACUUUUCUUGUCCAAAUUUUGCUUCACCGUAGCAAAAUUUCUGUACCAGUCGCGUGUUUUAAUCGUUAAUUGUCGUGAACUGAGGCAUUUUCGCUUGAAGCCAUUUUUAUGACAUUUUGAUUUAGGAUCCCGAUUCCAGAAGUGUAUUUUCUUAAUAUAAAACGGCAUGACGACUGUAACACGUUUUUAAAAGACUGAUAAAGUUAUUUUCUAACUUUAUUAAAUUAAUGUCGUCCAUUCAAACCAUUUAUAAUUAUAAGAAUAUUUUGACAAAAUCAUUGUUUUAAUUUCUUAAUUUCCUUCUUUACGUGUGCUGGAAAAGUCUUUAAUGUUCCACACAGCCGUCGAAGAAGAUUUAUUAGAUUUGGGGUGUAAACCUCUUACGGCUACCGACAGGAGAUUAAAGCGUAUUGAAAAGUCCAUUAUAAUCAGAGCUGUAGUCCUAUAUAUUUAAUUCACUAUCCGUUUGAAUUUGAAAGGGCGUAAUUGCAUUUUACUUACAUGUGAGACUUUUAACCUUUAUCGUACGCAAGUCUACUGUAGAACUCUUGUUAACUUCAUUGUUGUAGCUCACUGUUUCGUAAAUUCUUUUAACUAACUUAUCAAAAAUUAAUUACCACUGUUUUAACGUGAUAUUGUUCUUAAACUCUCAGUCUACGUAAACAGCUUAGUCUCUUUUAUCUGGAAAAUUGAGCGAUUUUUUUCAGCCAGAACGUGUGCGUGUUUCUUUCUUUUUUUUUGUGGUGAAGUUCACUUCAGAACAUUACAAGCUUUGUGAAAACCAGCUCUUAACAGAAAUAUGUUGGUUUGAUUUCAGAAACUACCCGAGUCCCGGUUUAUUAAAAGCAUGUCACCAACUCCCAUCGAGGGGAUAUCGUUGACGUCCUCCUCAGAGGAUGUUACCACCAAAGAAAAAGACAGUUUCCCUAUACAAGUUAUUCCAGCGGAUCAAAACGACAAUGUUUUGGAAGUGAAUGGCGAGGAGCCUUUUGGCUCUCUUUUGCCGGAGUCUGACGGGUCCACUUCAGAACCUCUUUACACAAGUGUGGAUAAACAAUUUCUUGAGCUGAUGUUGGAUGCUGUUCAAAAGGGAUUUAUGCCUCCUGAAUUGGCAGCAGCGAAGACGUGGCUGAACACUGAUGGAACAGACAUAGAUUCACGAACUACAAAUGGGGUUAGUGAAGAGGAGCAUCUAAUAAUCGAUGAAAACAGUAGUAUGAAGGAAGAAGAGAUGAAUGGAAUAGAUAAUGAAGCGUCGCUAACAGCCACGAGUGUUGAACCAUCGCAUCUAUCGGACGGAACAGCAUCAGAUAUUGUUGAAUCAACAUUGGCAAGCGUUGAACCAAUGCAGGUUGUGGAUGGACCUCCACACCCAAGCGAAGGGCCAACGAUGGCAAGCGAUGAGACGAUGCAAUUUGAAGAUAACCACUCUGUGCCCGACACAGGGGAGUCCGAAGCCUCCACACCGAGUAAAAAAGUGCAAUUUCUCGGACUCGACACCAUUUUUGGCCACAACUCAAACUCUGCAGAUGAGUCCCCGAAUAAGUCAAUUUCCCCAGCUCACGUUCAACUCAAACAGCCUGAUAUCCAGUUGAAGGACUCUGAUUAUACUUUUGAUUCUUCUCCGAAAACCACAGUCACGUGGGCAACAUUAGAUUCACCGGCGAAUGGAACUGGAAUUGACAAAUCUCAGACUUACGCUAUGUCCAGUCCAUGGGAGGACCUCCACAGGUAUGAGAGAGCACUAUAUGGCAAAGGCGCUGGUAAUACGGCAGAGGGAGAUUCGGACGAUCCUUUCAUGAUGUACUUGAACUCCAUAGAGCAGACAGCUCUCAAGUUCAAGUUACAGGUUGAACAGGCGAAGGUAGAUACUUUGGAAGCUUUAAAAGUCAAGCUGGAGAAAGCGUACGAAGGAACGCCUUUGGAAGAUAUCCCGCUGAAAUUUAGGGAAAAACUCCAAGAAACAAUCGCUCAGAUCGCUUCUGACGAAGUGUUGAAGAAAUACGAGGCACUUGUUACCCAAGAUGAAGAAAUGAGCGAUGAGGAAAAUCAGAUUUUAGAAUGCAUGCGAAGUGAACUCGACUCAGUCGCGUGCGAAAACUUUGAGCUUCAUCAACAACUUGAAUUGUUGAAAGACUAUGAGAGGAAAUAUUUUGAUCUAAAGGAGAAGUUUGAUAGUCUAGACGAUGGAAUGUCUUCGAUCAGAAAUGAGUACGAGAGAAAAAACGGUGAGAGUGAAUUUCUCGCAGAAAGAGUUGAGUCGCUCGAGAAAAACAUUGUUAACUUGCGGGUGGAAUAUAACAACGAAAUCACGGAUUUGCAAAAUGAGAAUCUUCAGUUGCAGAAGACAUGUUUGGAGCUGGAAAACAGGAAUAAGAUUUUAGAGGAAGAAAUAACUGCUGGCGACGAGACAUCGAUUGUACGUCGAGCGAAGAACGAUAGAGGAAACAAAACAGAGAGAUUCGUUGCCGAUCAAGAAUAUGAAAUAAUACAGUUACGCCUCGAGGAAUCAGAGAGACAAAAUAAAGCCUUGAGAGCAGCGGCAAAGGCCGACCAAGCGAUGAUUCGAUGCAUGGAAGACAAAAGAAAUGACCUCGAGAAAGCACUCAUUAAAGCACAGGACGACCAUAGCAAUAUUUUGCUAGAGCUCCACGAAGCACAACGACAAAUCUCGUCGGAUAAAGUUAAGCUGUCUAGCUACCAGGAAGAGACCGAUGCCUUAGGUCGCGAAAACAAACUGUUGAAGUCCCGUUUGGAGAUUGCCCAGAAUGAGAUAGAGUAUAAUCUCGAGAAGCAAGGAGAGAGAAGCGAGCCGUGGAAGAGUAACAAGAGAAUGAUAUGGAGAGAAAUUCGUGAGUUAGAGAAGAUACUAAAAGACGUUCACCGUGAAAAAAGGACUCUAGAAAAGAAAUACGUCAGCUUUAAGCAGGAAAGUGAUCAACUCACGAGCUCAAUGUCUCUACACAGCUUUUCAUCGACCGAAAAUACGCCGGACAAGGAGCGAGUGAAUGAAACUGCGGUGAAACUGAGAAGUAAAUCGUGGCACAGUAGAACUGAAAUGGAAAAAAAUAGAGCUGCUGUCACUGAUUAUUCUGGUGAUGAUGAUAGCUUUUCCUCUCCGCCUCGUAAAGUCAAAAGCUGGUUGGAAGGUAUUGACAGUACGAAGACUGGGACAAAGGAUGAUGGCCAACCCAUCCUGAAUUCAAAAGAAGGGACACCACCUCACUCCUACAGGUACGAUAAACGUAAAUUCCUUUUCUCUAUUGAUCUAUGAGCACCUGUUUGUCAAACAUUGUCUUAGAAAAGUGAAAAAAAGGGAAAACAAGAAGAAAAACGUUUAAAAGUUUUAUUAUAAUUUAGUUCCCUAAUUUGCCCCGUCUUUCAGAUCUCAAAGCAAUGGGCCGAUGAGCAGAUCAGCUGCCGACAUUGGGAGCCCGAAGAAAGAGGAAAAUGGACUUGUUAAUGAGGUAAGAAAUGAUUUACCUCUUAUGUUUCUUUAUUGUUUGUUAUUGUUAAUCGCUAUAUUUUUAAGAGACAGGGUAUGAUCAGAAGUAAUUAUUUUCACGAUGCGCACAGAAUAAACCAAAACACUGUAAUUUUUUUAAUCCCAGCAAAGCCUGAGAAAGCCGGACGAUCGGGACUUUUAUGCAAAAACGGUACUUCCCCUCCCCCAAUCCUUGCUACAACAGCUUCACAAGCUUUCCUUGCAUUAAAGGUUCCUGACAUUUGUUGACGUCAAUGUUAAGUUAGGGGGGGGGGAAGCGGUAUUUUACUUACAUACGUGCGAAUUUCGUUCUAAAAUAAGUUAACAGAGUCAUAGCCAACGAAUGGUGACCAGAAGCAAACAAGAAAUCCCUCUGUUUCGUAGAUUUGGAACAUUUUAAAUACGUAAUCAUACCAAGAAGCGUGUAAAAAUGUAUUUUAGCCCUUGACCAUAGUGGUGCCAUAGUCAAUCUAUCCUCUGAAUCUCGCUAGGGUUCAUUAAGUAAUUUACAAAAAACAUGUAGGUCUUCCUGUAGAUCGAUUUCUUAACCUUUACACCCAACCUUCAGUAUCCAUAUUCUCAACACUCUCCUCUUUACAUUUCUAUGAUACUGACAAGGAGAAUUCAUCAUACAAUCAAAGCUUCUUAGCUGGCAAUCAUUUCCUUUAUUCUUUUAAUGAAUGAUUCGGGAGUAUAACUGUAACGAUAUGCUGGUCACUCUCGGGGUUUAGAGGGUUAAAAUGGUUUACUUGCUGGCUCAUGAAUCUAAAUAAUAAAGCGAAAAAGUGACUGGCAACAAAGCCAUCCCCCAAGUAGAGUAGGCACGUAAAUCCAACGAAACAGAAUUAAUGGAAAAACAAUUUUUUUUUUCAGCUCGAAGAACUUCGUCAUCACGUGGGAAGCCUAGAGGCCGAGAAGGCUGCUAUUGUGAAAGAACUCAGCUCGCUUCGUUUCAGCAGAAUCACCAGAUAACAAGGAGGAAUACCAGAUUACCUUCUGAGAAAAUAUUCCUGUUGCAGCUCUGGACAACAGUGUUUUCGUGAACUUGUGACCGAUACUUUUUUGAAACCAGUCCUUUCCUUAAUUUGCAUUGGUGUGUUGACAGUGAUCCAGUAUUUUAAUGGAUUUUACACGAUCGCUCAAUGAUUGGCUUAUAAGUGUGGUACUACCCAUCUGAUCAAUUUGAUCUAGCAGUUGUUAAAUAAAAAAAAAUCUCUGAUAGGUCGAGCGCAUUUCUCAGUCAUAAAAGCCGUCUUCCGGUGUUUUCUCUGAGGUUUCAUGGAUAUUUCCAAAUUAGAAUCGUAGUUUUACGGCAAGUGUUUUUUAAUAACAUCGUCGAGAUUACAAUGGAGUAUGUUUAAUCUAUUAUUUUAAUGAAACUUCGAUAUCACGUCUCCGGGGGAAGGGAGGGAGGGGAUAGAAAAAUCACAGAAAAAGCUAAAUACUUUCUUAUAUUUAUUCUUGUCGAUGAAAGAGCCUCUUGGUCAUCAUCAUGUGUAUAGGAAAAACUAUGUCCAUGUACAGAAAGCAAAGAAAGAAUAGAUGAAUUUGAGAAGAUUCCUUUGUCAAGGUUCAGGUUGUAGGCCUAUUUCCAAGGCAGCCGAAAUGACUUUGAGCUCGAGAUUGGAACAACAGCCCACCGAUAGACACGAGAACCUUGGGGGGAGGAGGAGGGGAAGGAAAGGCUUCCCUGUUUGUAUAUCGUUUAGGUUGGUUCUAAACUUGUUUCUGGUCAUCAAAGGUAUCUUAGUAUUCUGUAAAUAGUUUUGUACAUCAUUUGUAUUAUAGCUUUGCCAUUUUACACCUUAUGAUACUGAUGAAUUUACAUUUGCAUCUUUGGGUUUUAUUCAAUUUAAUAAAGUUGUUUCUUUUAAUGAUACCAAUGUAAAAUGAUAAUUAAAACAAUUUUAAAG